AUGGCCGACAGCAAGGUGGCGCGCGUCGGCCUUCUGGACUUCAACACGUUCGCGCAGGCGGAGGGAAUUGACCCCAAGGCGGAGGGGGUCGUCACGCAGAAGGCGCUUCCCCCGCAGGCGCGCCCGCAACCCGAUCAGCCCCUCCCCGCGCGCCCGCAGAGCAACGGCGCGCAGCGGGACGCGGAGAGGCGGCAGCAGCACCAGCCGCUGCUUGUGGAGACCCCCCCGUGCCGGUCGCCGUCAGACUCGUUAGGAGCGAACUCGUUCGAAGCGAACGCGCCAGAAGCGAACUCGAUAGAAGUAAACUCGUUAAAAUUACAAGAAAGAGCGGUCGGAACGGAGAAUAAGGCGGGGUGUUUUGAGAUCGAGAGCGCGUUUGGGCGCGUGUACCACGGGCUGUACGGGCAGGAUGACGUGGCAGUGAAACUGAUCAGCGUGUCGCCCAACAUCCCCCCCAAGGAGCUGGCGAGCAUAGAGGCGGGCAUUCUGCAGGAGAUCAACGUGUGGCACACGCUCAAGCACCCCAACAUCGUGCAGUUCAUAGGGGCAUCACUAGACGCCAGCAAUAUUGUGGCGCCAGCAGAGGCGAAGCCGCCGCCCGGCACGCCGCUGUGGGCGAUCGUCACAGAGUACAUGUCGGGCGGCACGCUUCGGAACUAUUUGGCGCGCCGGCGACGCCUGGCAGAGAAGGACGUUCUGCGGAUUGCCUUGGAUGUGGCUCGUGGGCUGGAGUACCUGCACGCGCACCACAUAGUGCACCGGGACUUGAAGUCAGACAACAUUCUGGUGAGCUACAAGGGCAGCGUCAAGAUCGCUGACUUUGGCGUCGCACGCACGGAAGCUAAGAACCCCGGCGACAUGACGUGUGAAACGGGCACCGUGCGCUGGAUGGCGCCUGAGGUGAUAGACCACAAGCCAUACACCAGGAAAGUGGACGUGUACAGCUACGGCAUCGUGCUGUGGGAACUGGUGACGUGCGAGCUGCCGUUCAAGGGACUCACCUUCAUCCAACUCGCUUACAACGUUGUUCACAAGAACCAACGGCCGGACAUUCCCCCUUCAUGCAACCCGGAGCUGGCAAGGCUGAUGGCGGAGUGCUGGGACCGCGAUGAGACAGUGCGCCCUGAGUUUGCAGAGGUGGUGGCUCGCCUGGAGAAGAUCCAAGCAGAGUUAGGGUCGGCGGGUGAUGGUCAAGGCAGUGGUGACACUGGGACAAGUUGCUGCACGAUACUGUAA